AUGCUGGCAGCGCCGGCCGCGACCAUCCGGGCUCGUGAACCGCCAUCAAGUGUCACUCCAAAAGCCGGUGAGGCUUUCUCAGUGUCAUUGAUGGGAGACCUUAGUCCUCGCCCAGGCACUCUGACAUGUCGACGCAACUCGCGGGCCGGCAGAGACGGACGUCUUCACCUCCUGAAUACGCGCCUACGCCAUCUCCGACCAGGACAACACCGGUGCCUGGAUCCGCCGCCACUGGCUGCGCCUCUUCUACACCGCCUCGGUGCGCCCCUUCAACCGAUACGCCCUUGCUGCUCGGAGCGGCAUCUCGGGAGAGCAUUCGCCGGCGCCCUCGGGGCCGUGUAUCCCGACACCGACUUCAUCGUCGAGGGCGACACCCCGUCCCUGCUCUAUCUCAUCCCCAACGGCCUGUCCGAUCCAGAGUAUCCCGAGUGGGGUUCCUGGGGCAGCCGAUACGGCCCAGUCAACUACGGCGAAGGCCAUUAUGCCGAGUUCGUCGACGCGGUCCGGUCCGACGACGGCAAAGUCGUCAUGGGCUCGCACCUCACCAUCUGGCGCUGGCGUGGUGCCUUCCAGAACGACUUCGCAGCCCGCAUGAACUGGGGAGUAGCCGAUUCCUUCGCCCGGGGCCGACACCCACCAAUGGCCGUCGUCAACGGCGACCGGUCGCGUGACGUGCUGAAGAUGGAUGUCGUCGCGGGGCAGAAGAUUGUUCUCGAUGCCUCCGAAUCCUGUGACCCGGACGGCGAGCGGCUGACGUACAAAUGGUGGCAAUAUCUCGAUCCGACGUCGACGCAGAACAAGCCCUUCAAGACCGUGCCGCGGCUUGGGCUGAGCGGGAUCAAUGUAACCAAGAUUACGGUGACGAUACCGGAGGAGAAGGACUUGAGGAAACAAGGGAGAAACCAGCAUCCAGAGGAGGAUAAACACUUGCACCUGAUUCUUGAGGUUUUGAACGGGAGCUGGUUGCGUAUCGGCGGGUUGUCUUCACCAAAGUCGCUUCAGCCGUCGAGACGACAAGGCACGAUGAAUUGUAAAAAGUCUUAA